AUAAAGCCACCCGAGUGUGCUAGCAGGUCACAGAACAGCUGUCUUCUCAGACGUGUGAACAGAAAGGAUAUUCUCUACUCCCUUUUUUAAAUGGUUGUGAGCCAUGCCUUUGGUGAAAAGGAACAUCGAACCGCGGCAUCUCUGCCGAGGAGCUCUGCCAGAGGGAAUUACUAGUGAACUGGAAUGUGUAACGAAUAGUACCCUCGCUGCCAUCAUACGCCAGCUGAGCAGCUUAAGCAAACAUGCUGAAGACAUAUUUGGUGAAUUGUUUAAUGAGGCCAACAGCUUCUACAUCAGAGCAAAUUCCCUUCAAGACAGAAUUGAUCGCCUUGCUGUCAAAGUUACCCAGCUGGAUUCAACAGUAGAAGAGGUAUCGUUACAGGAUAUCAACAUGAAAAAAGCAUUCAAGAGCUCAACAAUUCAAGAUCAGCAGGUAGUUUCAAAGAACAGCAUUCCUAACCCGGUGGCUGAUAUUUAUAAUCAGAGUGACAAACCACCACCUCUGAAUAUCCUUUCACCUUACAGGGAUGAUAAGAAAGAUGGAUUGAAGUUCUAUACUGAUCCUUCCUAUUUCUUUGAUCUUUGGAAAGAAAAAAUGUUACAAGAUACUGAAGAUAAGCGAAAAGAAAAGAGGAGACAAAAGGAGCAAAAGCGUAUAGAUGGCACCACCCGUGAGGUGAAAAAGGUUAGAAAAGCCAGGAACAGACGCCAGGAGUGGAAUAUGAUGGCGUAUGACAAAGAGCUUAGACCUGACAACAGGUUGUCUCAAAGUGUGUACCAUGGAGCAUCUUCCGAGGGAUCACUGUCCCCAGAUACUAGGUCCCAUGCAUCUGACGUUACCGAUUAUUCUUAUCCUGCUACUCCGAAUCAUUCCCUCCAUCAGCAGAUAGCAGUACCUUCGUAUGGAACAGGAGAUGGUCCACAGUACAUGGCAGCAUCCCAAAGCCAUGAGCAUGAAUACAGACCACCUUCCACCACUGUCCGACACGCUACUUUAAACAGACCUCAGCAACCACCUCCACCACCACCCCAGCCUUCAGAUGGCCAGCAUAGCUCAGUACCUGGGGUACCACCAGAAUAUGGGAUGCUUCCAGCUCAGAUGGUGGAUUAUUACAACCCUACAGGUCCUCCCCCCCCUCCUCCGCCCCCCAUGAUUCCUUCAGCACAAACUGCCUUUGUUAGUCCCCUUCAGCUUCCCGCGCCACCUUCCCAUUCUGGACUGGCGACUGGCUCUACGUAUGCAGCUACUCAUCCUCCUCCUCCUGGUGGGCUUAAACGUCACGAGCCAGCGCAGCCGCCCGUCAGUGAUGCACGGAGCGAUCUUCUUGCUGCCAUUCGCAUGGGAAUUCAGCUGAAAAAGGUGCAGGAGCAACGUGAGCAAGAAGCAAAGCGAGAGCCUGUUGGAAACGAUGUGGCAACCAUCCUGUCCAGGCGCAUUGCCGUGGAAUACAGUGAUUCUGAUGACGAUUCAGAGUUUGAUGAGAACGAUUGGUCAGACUGA